GGUCGGUAAGCUAACGCUACUAAACUAGGACCCUGUUGCUGUGACGCGACAACGGUGCACAGUUUAUGGCUGAAGUCGAGCCCAGCGAAGACUCUAAACUCACUCAGUGAAGCUGCGGGCUAUUGUGAUGUCUGAGCCCAAGCCACCCACACCCACCCCUGGAGACACAUACAAGGGCUGGCUUUUCAAGUGGACCAACUACAUAAAGGGUUACCAAAGACGAUGGUUUGUUCUGAGCAACGGUCUGCUCUCUUAUUACAGGACCCAGGCUGAAAUGGGGCACACAUGCCGGGGUACAAUCAACUUGGCUACAGCCAACAUUGCUGUGGAGGAUUCGUGCAAUUUUGUCAUUUCCAAUGGUGGAGCACAGACCUACCACUUAAAGGCCAGCUCUGAGGUGGAGCGCCAGCGCUGGAUCACUGCCCUGGAGCUGGCCAAGGCGAAGGCCGUCCACAUGCAAGCAGAGUCCGAUGACUCUGGCGACGACUGUCCUACAACGGUCCCUACUUCAGGGCAGGGUGGAGGCUGUCGUAACGCUGAGGUCCAAUCUACACUUCGCACUCUGAACAGCAAGGUUGAGGACCUGAGCACUUGCAAUGACCUCAUUGCCAAGCAUGGCUCUGCCCUUCAAAGGUCCCUGUCAGAGCUGGAAGGGAUUUCUCUGGGUGCAGACACCGGGGAGAAGAUCAGACAGGUGACAGAGAGGGCCACGUUGUUCCGAAUCACCUCUAACGCUAUGAUCAAUGCAUGCAGGGACUUCCUCGCUCUGGCCCAGGGCCAUAGUAAGCGCUGGCAGAAGGCCUUACAGGCAGAGAGGGACCAGCGAGUAAGGCUGGAGGAGACUCUGGAGCAGCUGGCCAAGCAGCACAACCACCUGGAAAGGGCCUUCAGAGGGGCUACAGUACUGCCCCCUUCACUCAGCAACCCUACCAUAGACAACAAGGGGUCUGGUGGUUCAGGGAAGGGUGAUGCCAGUGAUGAGGAUGACGAAAAUGAAUUCUUUGAUGCCAUGGAAGACCCAGCAGAGUUCAUUACUGUUCCUGCUGACCCCAAAUACCACAGGAGGUCAGGCAGUAAUGUCAGCGGGAUCAGCAGUGAGCUUGGAAUGGAUGAUCAGUCAUUUGACGAACAGUCUUUGGCAUCCAACCCAGAGUCUCCACAGCCACUGGAAGUGGAGCCAGUAAGAAAAAGACGGACCCGUGUCCCUGACAAGCCCAACUAUUCCCUAAAUCUGUGGAGCAUCAUGAAGAAUUGCAUUGGAAAGGAACUCUCAAAGAUACCGAUGCCUGUGAAUUUCAACGAGCCUAUCUCCAUGCUGCAACGUCUCUCUGAAGACUUGGAGUAUUACGAGCUGCUGGAUAAGGCUGCUAAGUGUCAGAACUCGCUUGAGCAGCUGUGCUAUGUGGCUGCAUUCACUGUCUCCUCCUACUCCACCACUGUUCACCGCACAGGCAAACCCUUCAAUCCCCUUCUAGGGGAAACCUUUGAGUUGGACCGACUCAGAGAAAGUGGUUACCGCUCUCUCUGUGAACAGGUGAGUCACCAUCCCCCUGCUGCUGCCCACCAUGCGAUCUCUGAGAAAGGCUGGACCCUCAGACAAGAAAUUGCAUUGGCCAGCAAGUUUAGAGGAAAAUAUCUCUCCAUCAUGCCUUUGGGUUCCAUCCAGUGCAUAUUUGAAAAGAGCAACAAUCACUAUUCUUGGAAGAAAGUCACUACCACAGUACACAACAUCAUUGUUGGAAAACUGUGGAUUGACCAGUCAGGGGAGAUAGAUGUGGUGAACCACAGGACAGGAGAUCGCUGCCAUCUCAAGUUUGCUCCCUACAGUUACUUCUCCAGAGAUGUAGCCAGAAAGGUUACAGGUGUGGUCACAGACAAGGAUGGGAAGGCUCAUUACGUGCUGUCAGGAACGUGGGAUGAAAAAAUUGAGUUUUCCAGGGUUAUGCAAAGUAGUAAAGGCGAGAACGGUGCCGAGGGCAAACAAAGGACCGUCUACCAGACCCUUAAAGCCAAAGAAAUAUGGAGAAAGAACCCUCUACCAGAGGGCGCAGAAACAAUGUACUACUUUUCUUCCCUGGCCUUGACACUAAAUGAACCUGAAGAAGGAGUUGCACCAACAGACAGUCGGCGGCGACCUGACCAGAGGUUAAUGGAGGCAGGGCGUUGGGAUGAGGCCAAUGCUGAGAAGCAAAGGUUAGAGGAGAAGCAGCGUAUUGCCCGACGAGAGAGGGAGAGGGAGGCUAACAGGGCGUCCAAUCCACCUGAGGAGGGCACCCACCAGGACAAUUACCAAGCACUAUGGUUCAAGAAAAUAGAUGAUCCCAUAUCUGGAGAGACCCUGCACGUCUACAGUGGAGGUUACUGGGAAGCUAAGGAUCAAGGCAGCUGGGACAUGUGCCCUGACAUUUUCUGAUCAAGGCUUUAUCAGCCCCUUCCCCACCAAAGUAGAUGAGCUACACGGAAAAGAAGAUGGUAAGAGUCACUCUCCAAAACAUGAACCACAGCGGAGAUGCAAGCAUGAAGUCAACAAGGCUGCAUCUAUUCUUACCGCCAGCUCCAGAGUACAACUUAACUCAGGCCCAUUCUCAUUUCAUGGGGAUGGAAGAUUUAGAACAGACUAUUAACGCCAUCACAGGGGGAUAAGGGGAGCAUUGACUGAUCUUCUGUCUCGAUCCUCAACAAAAUGGUCACUUACCUGGAUUCUCUCCCCCUUUACUGCCUAUGGAACACUUUUGUUUAUUCUCAAUGACUUUUUCACAUUCCCUUCAGGUGGAUGUGAACUGAGCUGUUUGAAACCCUCGUUUCCAUUUGAUAACACCUGAUGCUCUAAUUAAAUCAGUGAUAUGGUGAAGACAUAUUAUAAGCACAACAGAUUCAUCUAAAAAAAACCUCCAUAAUCAAACAUUGGCACUAAAUUUGUAUUGGUGCUGUAGCCUGAAAAUACUAAUGGCACCAGUGCCAGUAGCAAAAAAAAAAGAAAGAAAGAAAAAAAGGUGACACUAGAGCAAUCUCUUUCAUUUUUGUUUGCUGUAUUUUUGUUUGUCUAUUUUGUUGUGUCUUCCUCUGUUUUUGUAUAUUCAUGUAUUUCUGAAAAACCAAUUUUUUUGAAAUUGGUGUUUGGAAGCAUAGGACUGUCUGAAAUUGAAAGUCCUAUUAAACACUGAAGCUGG